GUAAAUCAUAUAUACAAUACACAGACAACACGUCAAAUAUUAUAUCCAUCUAUAAACACACAUAUUAUAUUGUACAUUGUACAUCACAGAGAGACAAAUGACAUCACAAACACUACCAAAAAAGAAAAAGUUGACGGUAGAAAGACUCUUUAGAAGCAAAACACCAGGAUCAUCGAUUGAAACUGACUAUGAAGGUCCAGCAAAAGAACGUCUCUUGCCGGAUCUUCUGGAUGGCCAAUACACAACUUAUGACAAUGUACAUGCAUUAGCAACUGAUUACAAAGUCGUCUCUCACAGUGAAGCACUUGCUUAUCUACCAGAAGAAACAGAACCUAUUGAUGUCACUGUGGGUAUAUCAACCAAAGCAAAUAUCAAGAUAAAGACCAGAGAAUCAGUAUGCUUAGAUAGUUAUAUGGAUUACAAAAAGGGCUUUGUAUUGAAUACCGGCUGUUCAAUCUGGAGUCUUGAUUUCUGUCCAAAGACACCAUCAAAAGAUAGCCAUCCGGAUAUUCAUUAUCUUGCCGUUGCUGGCUACAAGUCUCCAUAUCCUGAACUACACUCUCUUGAUUUACACCAACCAACCGGAUCAUAUCUCAAUUGUAUCCAAAUCUGGCGCUUUGAUCUUUCUGUCAAAGGAGCCCAGAGAGUACCUGUGCUUGAUAUGUGUUUACUUCAUGACUAUGGUGUUGUAAUUGAUGCAAAAUGGUGUCCAUACGGUGCCUAUGAAGAGACUGUAGAAAGUACUGAUCCAAAUGUGCUGCCAAAACUGGGUAUCUUGGCUGCAGCAUUUGGCGAUUCAAUGCCUCGAGCUUUGGUUAUUCCACAUCCAGAGGCCAUCAGAGCACUCCACCCGAAAGUAAAAGACUCACAAACAGUUUACAUGCAGAUCAGAGAGGCUCGGUGUGUAUUCCAUGCCCCAGCCAUUAAACCCACUGUUCUCUCAUGGGCUGGAGAUUCUCGUAUAUCCUGUGGUACCUAUUCUGGACAAAUUAUUAUCUGGGAUGCAAAGACGGCUUUGAAAAAGGGAUUAAAGAAAGACGACAAGGCGGCUCAAUCGGAUAGUAUUAUCUUGAACACGAUUGUUCAUGAUUCUGCAAUCAGUGGUCUGGUUUGGCGUGGCAUGGUAGAUCCGGUUGAAUACAUCAGUACUAGUCUGGACGGCUAUAUGAAGAUCUGCAACUCUAAAGAUCCUUUUAUCAACAUGACUUUUGCACGUUCAAGAGCUAUUAUGUAUAAAGCUGUAUGGAUGCCACAAUCAGAUAAUAUCUGUCACAAUGAUGCAGAUAAUAUGUUGCAUGCUACGCACACAGGCAAUACUGAUUAUUUCAAAACCGGCACUCGCUUUUUCGACAGUGUUGGGAAAUUGUGGGACAUGAGCACUUGCGAGCCACACACAUUCCUUGCUGCCUCGAGUGCAGAUGGAAUGGUUCGAAUCCUCAAUGUACAUCAACUUCGAAGAAAAGGAAUGCAACAAACUCAAAGAAUGGUCUACGCACUGCUUUAUGAUAAAGAUACAAACAAGUAUACUUAUGUAGAUGGCGUUCGUGCUAUGGAAUGUGAUUUUAACAAGUUUCUUCCUACACGUAACCGAUUUGUCGAAGCUUAUUAUCUCAUAAGCAGAGUUGCCUGGAACCCUAAUAGAUUUGCUUCUCCUUGGCUUGCGAGUGGAGCAGUAUCAGGACUAUGCAGAGUCGAUUUUACUGGAGUAGGACAUGAAUGGUUGAUGGAUUAGCUUUCCUUUUCUUAUAUACUCCAUGCAUAUUAUUUAUGUAUUUUCAAUUUUUGCUAAAACAAAUAAAAAAGGAUAUUUAAUGU